UGUACCGAACAAAAACAUUUAGUAGUCAUUUCUCUACGCCUCCCCCCCAGACUGUCAUUACCAGUCAUAUCUUUGUUUGUGGUUAUCACUUAUUAUCGACGUAGAUAUCAAAUGAAUAGAAUAACGAAUAAAUGCAUAAAAUAGCACCGCACCAGUAAAAAAUCCACCGGAUAUAUGGCAUUUACAGUUAUGUGACUUGUUGUAAUUAUCAGUUUGUUAUGUUUACGUUUUAGUUCAAAAUUAUUUAUUUGUAAAACUUCUAUUUUUUGAAAGUUGAAGGACUUUUGUUUUUGAAUCUAAUAUAAAAUAUGUCAAUAGUUUAAUAAUUACCUACCUCGUUCAUAGAAUGUUAUUGUUAUUAGUAAGUUUAUUUAUGUAAUAAUAAAUUGACUGAUCUAAUAUUUCACUUUGUAAUUUAAUUAGUCAGCAUUGAAAAUGAAUACAGUUAGUGACGCGACUUUAUGCAGUAAGAUUUUUACUAUAAAUUUGCUAACAAAAUUAUAAUUUUUAAAAUAUUUUAGGUUGAUCAUUAAUUAAUAGUUUAUGUCACACAUGCUCCUUGGCAUUUCAAACAAAAAAACAUCUGUUAGAAGAUAGCAGUUGAAUGGAUUACGAAUUCAAAAUUAAGACUGGUAAUGAAAGAGCUAAAGUGGAAGAGCUUUUUGACUAUGAAGGAUGUAAAGUUGGAAGAGGCACUUAUGGACAUGUUUAUAAAGCGAGAAGAAAAGAUGGGUUUGUAAUUGUUAUAUAUUUUAAAUAAACUGUAAUAGUUAAUAAUUAUUAAUAAUAUAAUUUCAUCAGAAUGAAUUAGGUUUUUUGUCUAAAAUAGACAGAUAUUCUCUAAGCCAUAUGAGUUUGUUUAAAUAAAAAACAGUUUCAUGUAUAUGUUGCUAUCAUCAGUGAGUGUUGUUUACUAUCAUGGUAACAACAGCGCUUACUGUCGGCAGCAAAUGCAGAUGCAUUUUUGAUUUUUUGAAAUUUGGAAUAGAGUCUAUUACCAUAAGCAUCUACUAAUAAAAAACUAUGGUAUGAACUAUUAUCUAAUCUAUAAUAAUUAGAGUUUAAAGUGGUUAAUUUUUUGGUAGGUAUUUUUAUAAGUUAUUGAAUACACUAUUUUCUAGGGAUAACAGUAAAGAUUUUGCAUUAAAGCAAAUUGAAGGCACUGGAUUGUCGAUGUCCGCAUGUCGUGAAAUUGCUGUAAGUAAUACAAAUUUCAUUAAUUAUUAAUUGGAACCGAAAUGAUUUAAUCAAAGAUAAAUUAAAUUUUAUAUUGUAGUUACUACGAGAGUUGAAGCAUCCAAAUGUGAUAAAUUUGAUUAGAGUAUUUUUAUCUCAUAAUGAUAGAAAAGUGUGGCUACUUUUUGAUUAUGCAGAGCAUGAUCUUUGGGUAAGAAAAAAAGUUGUGUUAAAAUAUGUUUUUAAUUAAUAUUUAAUAAUUAUGUUUAAAUAAAAUACUUAAUAAAUAGAUAAAUAUACAUAUAAGUUAUAUAUGUAUACAUUACUUAAUAAUUAAAGAUCUAUAUAAAAACUACUGUUAUGAUCAAAAAAUGUGUUAGAUAAUAACCCAACAUUAAACUUCUAUAUCUAGCUUAUUAAUAAAUUAUUUAUACAAUAUUAGGUAUUAAUAAACCAGUUAAAAAAAUAAUAAUAAUAAUAAUAAUAAAUUGUAUGUAUUUUGCAUACAUUUAUAUUUAUUGCAAACUUACAUUUUGUAACAUUGUAAUUUGUGGGAGACUUAUUUGCCUUUUUUGUUUUUAAAUGAAAUGCAAUACUAAUGUUCACAAUGGUUUGUUUUCUUUUGUGUAAUACAUUUGUAUAGCACAUUCGCUCAAAAAAAAAGUUUUUAUAUAAUUGUAUAAAUACUAAAGUCAGUUAUAAACUUUUUAAUUUGAUCUUAAAAAUUUCAAAUAUUUGAAAACAAGUAUAAACCCAAGUAGGGUAUUCAAUUUAAAUUUUGAAUUCUGCUUGAAUUGUACUACAUUGUUUUUUUGAAUUUGACAGUAACUACUGCAUUAAGUUAAACAUUUUAAUAUAUUAAAAUUUUACUGACUGAAUGGCAACAAUUACUCAUUGUUUUUAUAUUUAGUAGGUUUAUAAGUUAAGAUAAACCAAUAUUGAUUAUUGAAUACAUUUAAUUUGUUCAAAAUUAAACAAUUAGAUAUGUUUAUAAAUAAUUAUUUUCUGUUUUAGCAUAUAAUUAAGUUUCAUAGAGCAGCAAAAGCAAAUAAAAAACCUGUAAUGGUUCCCAAAGGAAUGGUUAAGUCAUUAUUGUUUCAAAUUCUUGAUGGAAUACACUAUUUACAUUCUAAUUGGGUCUUACAUAGAGAUUUGGUGAAUAUUUUAGCUGUUUUUUUAGAAUGUAUAAUAAUUGUUUACUUUUUUAUAUUUAGAAACCAGCCAAUAUAUUAGUAAUGGGCGAAGGUCCUGAAAGAGGACGUGUUAAAAUAGCUGAUAUGGGAUUUGCUCGACUUUUUAAUGCACCAUUAAAGCCGCUUGCUGAUCUUGACCCAGUCGUAGUCACUUUUUGGUAUCGUGCUCCUGAACUUUUAUUAGGGGCUAGACAUUACACCAAAGCUAUUGGUAAAGAAAGUUAAUAAUUAUUAUUCUAAUAACAAACAAUUUUUUUAUUUAAAAAUAUAAAAUGUAUAUUAUUAAUUUAAAAUAUGGGAAAAUUAAUAAAAAAUACUACCUCAUUUUUUUAGAAUUUAUUAUAGUUCUGCACAUUAAUUUUGAUUUGUGUGAAAAUCAAUUGUGUAGCUAUAGGUAUUGUUAUAGUUAAUAAUGAUCAUCUUAGUUUCAAUUUCAAUUUGAUAAUAUUAGGUUUCAGUCAGAUCUGGGAUGAAUAAUAUGACUUUCUCAUUAAACUGAGAGCAUUGCCCAGAGAAAGUUUAUUUGUGUUUAUAUUUUCUAAUACAAUAUUUUAAUUCCUAUCAUUUAAUUAUCCUUUUUUUGAAGUAAAUAUUUUACUAUUAAAUAUUAAUACAAAAUUAUUGUCACUAUUACAAACAUUAAUGUGACAUUAAAACUGUUUCAUAAUAAUCAUUCACAUACAUAUUUAAAUAUAUAAAUGUGAAAAUGAAAACUUUCGAGUCCUAUGUUCUCGGAAACUAUGAUUUUUUUUUAAAAUUGAAAGGCUUAUUGCGGUGAAGAUUUAUGGCGUUUGAUAGAUUCUCGAACUUUAUAAACAAAAGAGAAAUGUCUGUCUGUUUGUAUGUCCUUUAUAGACUCAAAAACUACUAGACAUAUUUUAACGACAUUUUUUGUAAAAUGUUAGCUAUUAAAAUUUCUAAACUUCAAUCCCUAAAGGAUAGCUGACAGAGAUUUUGGUAUUUUGUAGCAUAAUUAUUUUUGAUUGGGUUACCUUGGUAACAAAGUAAAUAUUAUUAUUUUUAUUGAUUAUGUGGAAUCUAUGAUAUAUACUGAAUAAAAAAUAAAUAAAACGGUUGCCAAUGAUAACCUUAUUUUUAAUCUUUCAAUCUUUUUUAACCUAAAGAACCAAGUUUUCCUUAUUAUCGAAUAUUAAUGAGAAUUUCAAAAAACCACUUCUCUAAAGUAUCACACAGAGAACAUUCCCUAGCUAGUAUAUAAUAUAUUCUUGUAAUCUUUAUUUUAAAUGUUUAGAUAUUUAUUUUAUUUUAACAUAUCUCAUUUGAGUACAUUUUAUUUAAUAAUAGUUAAAUCUUAGUUUGAAAGUAUGUACUUAUAUUUGUAUAUAAUAUAGUUUUAAAGGAAUUAUUAAAUUGUUUGAAUUUUUUGAUUCAAUUAUUUCUGUACCUAUGCAUAGUCACUAAUCGCAUGUAUUAAUUAUUUGUUUAAAUUUUUCGUACAGAAAUGUCAAUGUUUUAUAAUAGAUUUUGUAAAUAUUACUAAUUUUACUUACAUUAUUUUAUUAAAAGCUUGGCUUAUAGUAUUGUAUAUAUCUUUUCAAUAUUAAUUAAUAUAUUAUUUAUGAUUUUAUGUAUAUUACCUUUGCCUGAGAUUUAUUAUAUUUUAAUUUGGUUUAAUUACAAAUUGGUAUUACAUAGAAAUAUAUACUCUUCAGGAGGAACAGCGUAUUACUAAUUAUAAUUAUGUAAAAUAUUAUUUAGAUAUUUGGGCAAUUGGUUGUAUAUUUGCUGAAUUAUUAACAUCAGAACCUAUUUUUCAUUGUCGCCAAGAAGAUAUUAAAACUAGUAAUCCAUACCACCACGAUCAGUUAGAUAGGUAUGUAAAAAUUAAUUUAUAAUUUGUGCAUAUAACAAUUUAAAAAUGAUAGAAUUUUGUCUCAAAAUUUAUAUUAUUUAAUUUAGUUAAUGUGUUUGAUUAGUAUUAAUUAUUUCUGAUUUCAAUAAUUCAAAUAACUCAUCUAAUAGCUCAAUUAACCUAAUUAAUUUUUAAUGAUUUUUUGUAUUCAUUAUAUUAUUAGGCCUAAACAAUGAUAAUUUUCAAAUCAUUAUAGGUAAUAAUUGUAAAAGUAUAACCUCCAACUUAACAAUAAAUAUAAUGUAUAAUUUAUACAUGUUUACAUGUACAUAUAGAUUAAUAUAUUAUUUAAUUAUAUUACAGAAUUUUUAAUGUGAUGGGGUUUCCUCAAGAGAAAGAUUGGGAAGAUAUAAAAAAGAUGCCAGAACAUCAAACUUUAAUGAAAGAUUUUAAACGUUCUAAGUAUAUUGAAUUGUUAUAUUAAAGUUAAUAUUUAAUUGAGACCACAUCCAGGCUACUCAUUCAGAAUUAUUUAAAAAAAAUUAUACUUAUAUAUGCAUUGCAUAGAAGAAAAUUAUAGAUCCCUUACUUCCUAAAUAAUCCUUAAUAUGAAAUUGUCUUGAAUAAAAUAUUAAAUUAAUUGUUAUCUAACCAUAUUUUUUUAUUUUCAAACAUUUCAGUUAUUCAAAUUGUUCUUUGGUAAAAUAUAUGGACAGACAUAAAAUAAAACCAGACAGCAAAGCAUUCCAUUUGGUAUAAAAUAAAAGCUUUUCUACAAUUAUGAUUACAAAUAAUUAAACUGUUGACUGUUUUAGUUACAAAAAUUAUUAUUAAUGGAUCCAAACAAAAGGAUUACAUCGGAACAAGCCAAACAAGAUUCAUAUUUUCAAGAAGAUCCUACUCCCACCUCAGAGUAAUAUUUUUUAUAUAAUUACCAAUAUUAUGUUCUAAGUUUUCAAAUUUAUUUUCAAGUGUUUUUGCGGGGUGUCCAAUUCCCUAUCCUAAAAGAGAAUUUUUAACUGAUGAUGAUCAAGAUGACAAAGACAAACGUCAACAAGCCACAAAUGUAAGUUUUAUUUAUAUUUUAUUAUUUUUAGUACGCAAUAGUAACUUAGGUGUUUAUUUGGUUCUGUAAUAUUUCUAAGAGACAUUAUGUAUAUAAAAACAUUAUUUAAAUUUAUUUUAACUAUAUUGUAUUUUUUGUAUGUUCCAAAAAUAAUACAAUAUAUAUUAUUAAGAAAUUUAAAUAUUUAAAUUUAUCUUUAAAAUGCUAUAUCCAUAAAUAUUUACCAGUGGCGGCUCGUGAUUGUACGAUGUGGUAGUACGAUAAAAUUUAUUUUUUAGGGCAGUCACCCUACCUAUAGUAAAUAGAUACUAAAUAUGUGAUUUCAUGCAUCUACUAGUGGAAUAUAUGUGUAUAAUUAUGUAGAUACAUGUAUAUUGUAUACAUUAAAAUGUCCACUUCUAAGAAAAAUAUCAACUGAUUAGACAGAAUUUUAACGGAAACCAGAAAAUAUUAGUGAAAUACUGAUUUAUAAACAGGUUUACCAUUUUAAUCACUUUUCAUACACUGUGAACACAAUAAUUCAGGUCGCUGUCAAAAAUGUGUGACGAGAAUUAUAUAGCAUAUAAUCCCUUCAUCGCUGCCACGCUAGAUGUAGUAUACUAUACAUUCAUUGGAAAUGGGGGGGAGGUUUGUGCAUCACGAAAUAGAUUAUUAUUAUCAUGUUCAAAUUGCCGAAUUAAGAUGACAUUUUUCAAAUAUUAUCAUUUUUUAAUACAAUUUUGAAUUAUUUAACUUACUUUGAAAGAAAUAUAAACUAUAAUUAUUAUUAUUCACUAUAACAAGUAUAAAUGCAAAUUUCAUUUCACUUUAAAAUUUAUGUAAAAAUUGCAAUCACACCAUAGCACCUUAGCAUGAGUCGCCACUGAUAUUUACAGUUUAUAUAACAAUUUAUUUAUCACUAUAGACCGGAUUUAUAUUCUCUUAUAUUCCACAAAAUGAUGUUUAAAAACACCAUUUUGAAAUUACUUUUUAUUCAUCAUUUUUUUGGUGUUAGAAAAUUGUAUUUAUAAAUUAAAUCCAUUAGACAGGGGAACUAUUAAACCCUUCUAUUAUUUUUGCGUUUUCAUAUAUUUGAUAUUUAAUUUUUUUUCAAGGCUUUUUGACGUUUUUAAAUGCUCUUUUUUGUAGAUUUUAAGAACACAUAAUUUCCGGCCUCUAUUUAUCACUAAUCUGUCUUAAGAAAUUUGAUAAUCUGCUAAACUAGCUUUUACUAGUAUACUAUAUAGAAAAGUAAAUAUAUAUAUAUAUUUUUUUAUUUUGCUAUCAAUAAAUUAAGUACAUACAUUUGGUAAUAUAUUAACUAUGUAAAUAAUAGUUGAAUUAUUCAACUAUAAAAAAUAAAUUGAGAUACCUAGAAAAAAAAAAAACAUAAAAUAGUUUAAAUAUAAUUAAUAUAAAAGAAAUUAUUAUCAUUAUUAUUGGCCGCCCCAAAUAGUUGGGAAGGUAAAAGAAAAGAAGAUUAUAAUUAAAGUUAAUUAAAGAUUCCAGUUUCAAUAUAAAUAUUAUUAAUUAUGUUUUUUUUAUAAAUAAUUUUAUAUUAAAUUAACCGAGUGCCAAACUUAGUUAGUUAUAGAAUUGUAUUAUGUACCUUUGAUAGAUUGUUUUUGAUAUUACGGCAUUUAAAGUUCUGUUGAAUGGUCUUUGAGUUUUUAUUACCCACUUAACAAAAUAUUAUACUUGUUAUAUAAAAAAAAUAAAUAAAAAAGAAUGUAUGUUAAUAAUCAUAAUAAUAUGAAUUAUUAACAUAUUAUAAACUUAUAUACUCUGCAAAAAAUAUAUAUGACUUGAAUAUUAUUUUGUUAGAUAUUUGCAUAUGAUCGUGGACGUUACUUAAUCGAUAGUUCUAACACGCGCAUUUAUAAUAAGAACAAUAUUAUCACACCUAGAUUUGACAAUAAUGCCCAGGACCAUCGUAAUAGCUUAAUCAACAAUGCUUAUGUUAAUAGUUUGCACAAUUGGCAUGACUUAAAUCACACUACUCUAGAGGUAACAUAUAUUCAGAUUUUAGCUUUUAAUAAUGAUGGGUUUUGAAAAUGCUUCAUUUAAAUAGUAAUUUAGACAUUUAUUCAUCAUAAACAUAGUUUGAAUUCAAGCAAUAUAUUAUAAGCUUUCUAUUAUUAUUCUUUAAAACUCUUAAUGGAAUGAUUUCAUUUUAUAGAAAAAUAAUAAAUAUAGUUCAGAUUGUUUUUACAUUUUUAGAUAAAUUAACUAUUAUACUAGAUUUUGUUAUUGAGUUUUAUAAUAAAUUAUUGACACUCAAAUAAAUAAAUAUUAUUAGUUUUAAACUUUGCAUGUGUAAUACAAGGUGAUCAGUUUUGCAUGUUCUUGAAAAGUAUUUACUUUUUUCACAUUGUUCUUUUUAAGACCUAAUCUUACAAUAUGUGCCUUAAAUUUUUUUUUUUUUUUAAAUGCUGUGGGGCUUUAUUAUUUAAACGACCUGAUGGUCUUUAUAAAUAUGUUUAACAGGAUAUAUCUUACAUACUAGAUGAUAAUAUAUAUACAUUACACAUUGAUGAAGUCACACUUCCAAUGAAGUGGCUCCUGUACUUAAUUUAAACACUNCUCCUCUCGUGUUUACGAGCAAACUUUUGGAUUUCUUCUGCUAUUGUAGGCAGCAUCAUAUCGCGGUGAAUGGCAUCGUUUCUUUCAAACCGGUAGGCUGCAGUGAUAGUCCGAAGAGCAAUGUUUUGGCAACAUUGUAUUAUAUCAAUGUUAGACUUACUAGCACAACCCCACAGUUGAAUGCCAUAGGUCCAAAUUGGUUUUAUAAUAGCUACAUAUAAUAGACGUUUGUUUUCUAUAGUUAACUCAGAGUGGGGUCCAACUAACUAAUAGAGCUUUCUUUAAUCUGUAUUUUUUUCUGACGGACAUGAUGUUUCCAGUUUGAACGAGAGUCAAGAUGCAUUCCAAGAUAUUUUGCUGAAUCUUUUUGUGGGAUUAAAGUUUGAUUCAGUAAAAUUGGAAUGUUUUCAGUUUUACGUAACGUAUAUGUGCCCUAAAUGUGUUCGCUUAAAAAUUCUAAUUUGGUUUUUCAAUGACAACCUAUAGUAAAAAAUACAUAAUCUGAUUAAAAUUUAUUUUAAAUUCAUGUUGGUACUGAAAUAUUAAUUUUCACUAACCUUUCAUGAAACACACAACACUUAGGUUUGCAUUUUUGGAUAGACUUUUAGAUAGUUUCUUUCUUUUUCGAAGUUCUCAUAUACAUUUGUUAUCAAACUCAAUAAUAAGAAUUGAUAAUUAGUAUAAUUAGGUAUCAAUUAUUAAGAUAAUUUAUUGAUAUGAUUAAUGAUAAUAUCCAGAUGGUUCCACCAAAUUAAACAAUAAAAAAAAUACUUCCUUUAUGUUAGAGAACCGAUCAUUGUAAUUUAAUUCUUAAAAUGGUAAUACUUUAAAAAGGAAAAAAUAAUGCGAAAAUUUGAUCACCUUCUGUUUAAUUAUACUACAGUUAACACAUUUAUGAUCAACCAGGUGAUCAAUUUAAGUGGGUGCACUCAUUAUCUCAGAAAGAAGUAAAUUUUUUCAUAAUUUGUUUUCUGGCACACUUAUAAAACAAGCAGCUCUUCAAUUUUAUAUAAAUGUUAUUUUUUGUGACCCUUAUUUUUGGGGUUAAAACUACUACCUACUUUUGAUUUUCAAAUGGCAACCUAUAUUAAAAAUUCUAUAAAUAUAUGGAGUAUUAGAUAAAAUAAAUUUAAGUGUUGACAUUUUUAAUUUCCGUCAAUCCAUUGACGAGAUAUGAGAUAUUCCACUUUUAAGUGUAGGUUAGAGGAGAGUAGAAGAACAUCAUUUGUGUGGCGGCACAGCACGUGACAUUUUAAUAAUACACCGCUACUAGACACCGGCCAAAACUUAAAAGUGGAAUAUGUUGUUAAAAGACUGAAAUCAAAAUUUUCAGCAUCAAAAUUUAUUUUAACUAAGAUUCCAUCUAUUUAUGGAAUUUUUAAUACAGGUUGCCAUUUGAAAAUCAAAAGUAGGUUAAGUGGAUUUACCCCCAAAAAUAAGGAUGACAAAAUAUAGAAUAAUUAAAUAAUUUAUAUUAUAAUACGUUUUUUAUACAACCGGUUUCAAAUUAAAAAUUCAUCAUCAGGUAAAUCACUAAGUCAAAAAGUAAUUGUAAUAAAAUAAUUAUUUAUUUAUUUAUUUUUACUUAUAAAUUAUUUAUUCAUAUAUUUUUUUGCGAGCAAUAACCAUUUAAUAAUUUUGUUUUACUUAAUUAUUUUAUUAUUAAUAUAAAUUUGUAAAGCAGCUUGUUUUAUUCAAUGUUCUAGAAAACCAAUUCUGGAAAAAGUUAAUACUUUCCAUGAUAAUGAAUGUACCCACUUAAAUGGAUCACCUGGUACUAUUCUUUAAGAAUUAAUAUUUGUUAUAUUUUUGUACAAUUUAAAAAAGAAAUAUAUAUUAUUUCAACAAAUUUGAUAUGUUACCUAAAUACUUAUUUUUUUAUUAAUGAACUUUUAAUUCUAUAAAAUAUUUUCUUAAAAUUAUUUUUUAUUCGUAGAUACUUUUCUUUUUUAUACAGUCAAAAUUAAAUAAUUUAAAUAGUCGGUAAUUUCUUACAUUUGAUGUAAUAACAUUAAGAUCGUUCAAGGUCUAUUAAAACACUUUUACCUAUUCAUGUAUUUGAACAGUUUUAAUUAUUAUUUUUUUUUAAACCAAUUUUUAUCAUUAUAUCUGAAACUUUAUGAAUGAUACCUAUUAUAUACAUAAGUAAUGUCUAUUUAUAUUAUGUUUAUAUACAUCUGUUAAGCUUUUGUUUCAAUAGUUUAUUAUAAGUUUAACAAAUUUGUCUAACUACUAAAUCUUAAUUGGACAAAAUAUAAAUUAUUAAUCAUAUAAUAUAAAUAGACAUUACUUGUGUACAUAAUAGUAACAUUAAAAAAGUUUGAGAUAUAAUGAUGAAAAUUGGUGAAAAAAAAAAAGAUUAAAACAGUUCAAUUGCUGGGUAUUAGAAAUUAGUAAUUGUUGUGAAUAUUAGUAUAGAACUCAAACAUACAGACAUAAUUAAUGUUGUAUUACUUAUAUAAUUUUUUAAAACUUGUUUCAAUAAAAUAUCAACACACAAUUUUGAGUAUUUAAUUAUGUUUUAUCAAAUUAAGUAAAUAAAACUUUUAAACUCUAUUGACAUAUAUAUUAUAUAGACUUUUAUCAUAAUAUUAUGAAGUCCUGUGAAGUAUAAUUAAUAAAUAUAAAAAAAUAAAACAAAGAAGUUAAUAAUUUGUUUGUAAUCUAUAUUCAUAAAUAAAUAUGAUAUUUAAAAAUAAGUAUGUAUACUUAAAAGAAUAAUGUAGAACCAGAGUAUUGAGUUGUGUGUAUUGACCAGUUUCAAGUUUAAAAAUGCCUUUUUCUAUAUUAUUUAUUUAAAAUAUUUUGAUAAAUUUAACAUUUAUUAUUUUAUAGUACAGCUGAAUAUUCAUUAUUUUUAACUACACGGAUUGACAAAAAAAAUUUCUUAUAAAUGUUUCAAAUAUUUAAUAAAGUAUUAAUACAUUUUCAAAUAUAAUGAGCGUAUAAGAAAUAUCAAUUGUGUAAUAAAUUGUAAUAUUUUUUAAAUUAUUUAAGUUUCUGAGUUACUUAUCUACUUUACAAAAAAAAUGAUAUAUAUAUAUAUUUUUUUUUUUGUAUCGGUUAGGGUGCACAUUCUGAUCAGGCGGGUAGCCAUCAUAGCCAUCAACAACAACAUGCUGCAAAUCAAAAACGUAUGCGUAUGAAUGGACUUGGCCAACAUCCGAGUGUCAACCCUGGAACAGUCAUGCCGCCAACUGUUCAACAACAACAACAACAACAACAGCAGCAGCAGCAGCAGCAACAAGUUCAACAACAACAACAACAACAGCAGCAGCAGCAGCAACAACAACAGCAGCAGCAGCAACAACAAGUUCAACAACAACAGCAGCAGCAACAAGUACAGCAACAGCAAGUUCAACAACAACAGCAGCAGCAACAACCACAACAGCAACACCAACAAGACUUUCAUCAUGUACCACAACACCAGCAACAAAUGAUGUACUCACAAGGCAAUCCAAAUGGACCGGGUCCAAGUUAUUCUCAACGAUUUUAAUUUUAUUUUUCGUCUUGUUUGACUAGAAAAUUUACCCUCAUAUUUUAUAAACUUAUAAAAGAUAAGUUAAUUAUGAUAUGUUGAUACCUAUAUAUUUUACGACUGAAAAAUUUAUUUAAAAUACACAAAGUUCAAUUUUAGAUUAUUUUCUUAAUAUACCAACUGUAUAAUGUACAUCUCCAUAACCUUUUUUUACCUAAAAUGCA